AUGUCCCUCGGCAGGCCCGACCGCGGCAAUGCCGCCGCAGGCCGCGGUGGCGGCGAUGAUCGAGGCGCCGCGCCGCUCGGCGACCUCUGCCCCCGGAGCUUCGCGCCGCGCGACCGGCGGGCCCAAGCCGGCGGCAGCCAUGGCAGCGGAGAAUACGGCGUGGCGCUGCCCGGCACCCUCGGCCUCGGGGGCUUCCCGCGGCACGACCUCCCCGCCCCACCCGAUGGGCUCGACCUCAACGACGCCGUCGCGCCGCCGGUGAGCCAAGUUGCCCCAGCCCCAGCUCGUUCCUCCCAUGCCUGUGCACAAGAACUCCGAGCUCGUGUCCAUACCGUGGAAACUGCAUUUUCUGACGCGGAUAGCCUUUUAAGGGCUAUUCAAGUUGAAAUACAGCAGAUGAGGGAGGAGGGGCAUGAGAAAGACAGGCAAAUCCGAUCUAUCGUUGAAUGCGAAGAGAUGCAGCGUCAGUCAAGGCUCAUUAGCAUUACGCGGUUCGACCAUGAUAAAGAGCUGAUGUGCGCCAUCCUUCAGGAAUACAGACAAAGACUUCAGAAGUCUUCUGAUGCAAUUCUCGAGUAUAAGAAGAUGUGUGAAGGAAGUGGCGUGUCAUCUUCGGGUGUUAGGCCUGAUGAGCAAAACCGGAGUCUUAAGAUGCAGCAGCAAUCAUACGCAGAUCACAUUAAUGAGUUUCAGAAAUAUAUGCUUUCGAGGUUUGCAGGAUGUGCUGAGGAGAUUAGAAUGCUGGCAACAAGGAUUGCAGACCUCAACAAUGAACUUGAGAGGCUGAAUGAUUAUAUACAAAUUCCAGAUCUCAACAUUGGGGGUUCUCAACUGUGAAUUCUACAUUGUAGACUACAAGGCUGAUGCAGGUGGGCAUUGAAGCUUUUGCGACGAAGGAUGGGCACUGAAGAUGUGGAGGAUGGCAUGGGUCUGAUAUUUUGGUGUUGCUGACAUAACCAAGAUGCCGCAACAUGUUGCCUUAAGUAUUAUCAGUUCUGUAGUCUGUAUAGCCUGUAGCCUCAUAGGGUGCUGUGAAACAAUGAUCCUUUGUAGACUUACAUCACAAGACCUUGUCUGAUGUAAAGCCGAUUAUCAAAGACUCAAAAUGUUGCCUCACCUAUUCCAAACCUUGUCUCAAGUAAUGUUGAUUAUUCCAUCUAUAAGAAGGCUUUGUUUUGACUGUCA